AUGAAGAAGCGGACUGCACCAAGGCCCACACGCGCCGGCGUAUAUUUUUUUCAGCAGCUGCUUCCUCCCACGGCUGCGUCAUGCUCGCCUGAGGCGCAUGCUAGCAGCAGUGAUCAUGCGGCCACGAACGAGAGGGUGUUGGAGGCGGUUGAGGCAAUCCUCAAAGAAUCGUUUAGCCCGUCAGAAACCGCGGCGCUGCUGCGGCGCUGCACAGACGUGGAACAGGGCAGAUCCGAGGCGCUUGAGGGCCUGCUAGAGGCCGCUUGGACGCGGGUAGAAGAUAUCAUGGCGCAAAACAAGCAGCGUCGUCGUGCUAUCGAGGAGGAGCUACCGCAGAGCUUGGUAGGGUUCGACGCAUACAAGUUUUGGACCCCUGAGGUGGCGGCGGCGCGCUUUAACUUUCCCACUCCAGAGGAGUUUGGGCUGUGCAGUAACGAAGCUGACGAGGAGAAUGGAGAGGCUGGAGCGUCCCGUUUAUUGGUUGACACCGUGGAACACGCCGAUCACAAUGUGGGCUCCUCUCACGAGCCGCCUCAAGACCCAGCUGAUGCUGCAUCGUCGGUUGCUGCUGCUGCUGCUGCCGCUGCCGCUGCCGCCGCCGCCGCCGCCGCCGCCGCCGCCGCCCCGGCCACCGCUGUCGGCGCCGGGGCAACGUAG